CGUGAGCGCGAAAUCUCGCGCGUCUCCUUCCUCUCCUCGACCUCGCCCGCAGAUCACACCGCCGGCGUGACUCGGCAGCACCCGACGACGCGCAGAGAUGAUCGUUGCAGAUUCGAUCCUCCCACCCCACAUCAUCUCCGGCGUGGUCCCGCCCGCCUCAUGCGCACCAACACCACCGCGGCCUCACGGCAUGGCACAUCUACAAAACCGGGGAGCACGAGACGUAGCUGAUCCAGAUUGAGAUAUGUGAUGUCGGGGGAGGUCAUGUCGACCGACGACGGAUCCGUCGGAUCGCAACGUUCCCGGCGGAUCGGAGAGGCCAUCCUCCGGGCGGCCGGGGGCACCGGGCGCAUGACAUGAGCGCGCCGUCCGGAGGGGGGGAGGUAGGGUCACCACUCCGCAGCAACUGACGCUAGCUAGCUACCUGCACACGCAUCACACAUGCUCGCACGCCUCCACUCUUCCUCUCCCUGCAGUCGUAUAAAGAAAAGCACAGGGCGUAUGUCAAACUACGCCAUGAACUCGAUCGCUCCGUCAGUCAAAAGCUACUACACUCCGGACGCGUGUUUUAUUUUUUUUGGCAGAACAAGAUCGUGGAGUGAUGAUGUCAAAGUCGGCGGCUUUGGACCUUGCUUCGAGCUUGGGAGGGUCGAUUGCCAAGGGCCAAGUCAAGUCGGCCGCCGAACAGUAUGUGAAUUACCACCAUAUAUACGGAGGCGAAGCAGAAUCAAGGAAGUCAAAUUACACUGAUUUGGUAAACAAGUACUAUGAUCUUGCCACCAGCUUCUACGAAUAUGGAUGGGGUGACUCAUUCCACUUUGCUGGCAGAUGGCAUGAGGAAACUUUCCAUGAAAGUAUUAAGCGCCAUCAGCACUUUAUUGCCCUACAAUUGGGGCUCAAGAAGGGGAUGAAGGUCCUGGACGUGGGAUGUGGAAUUGGGGGACCUUUAAUAGAAAUUGCCAGAUUCAGCUCAACGCUGGUAACUGGAUUGAACAACAAUGAUUACCAGAUGUCAAGGGGCAAGGAGAUCAUUUGUGCAGCGGGAUUGAGUGAGCAAUGCAACUUCGUGAAGGGAAACUUCAUGGAAAUGCCAAUCGCUGAUAACACCUUUGAUGCAGCCUAUGCGUUACAGGCAACAUGCCAUGCACCUGAUGCGCACAAUUUCAGUUUUCACACGGGCACAGUGUUGCUUAGUAUGUACCUUCCUCCACUUGUAUUACAGCGAGGUGCCUACAGUGAGGUCUACAGAGUGCUGAAACCUGGGCAGUAUUUCGCACUAGAUGAAUGGUGCAUGACCGAUCGAUUCGAUCCAAACAACGGUAAACAUUUGUCCAUCAAGGCGGAUAUUGAGCUCGGCAAUGGUCUGCCUGACAUCCGUACCACUCACCAAUGUGUCCAAGCUAUGAAAGAUGCAGGAUUCGAGAUUAUCUUCGCAAAGGAUCUUGCCAAGGAUUUUCCUUGCCCUUGGUACCUGCCGAUGGACCCUAGCCAUUUCUCAUGGACUAGCUUCCAAUGCACCCGUCCCGGACGCUUCAUCACCCGUGCAAUUAUCAACACACUGGAGUUCCUUCAUAUUGCACCAGCAGGCAGUAUGGGAGUCUAUCACUUCCUGCAGACUGCCUCUGAAGGUCUGCUAAAGGGUGGGCGGGAAGGAAUCUUCACUGCGACUUUCUUCGUCCUGGGCCGCAAACCUAUUGGGGAGACUGAAAUAGUAAACGACGGCCCCCGAGUGUCAGGCAUUGCUUAAUUGUUAACUUCGAGUAUGUAUCAUUGUAUGGUUCUGCUUACGUUUCUACAGUAGAGUUGAAAAAAAUUCCGUCAGCGCUCAGGAAUGAGCUUGAGAGAAACCUCUUAAUAAAUCGGCGGGGAACAUGCGAGGAUGGAUCAGCAUCAGAGAUGGACUGUUCAAACAACAUCCUAACAGUCUAUGCUCACAGCUCUGAAAUUUCUGUUAAUUCACUGUACACUAGACGCACUAGUCUGAAUUUGAAACUGAAUCGGGUACUUGGAUGCCAUCUUGUUGUCACGAGCAGUGAAGCAUGUUAAUUACAGUUAGAAAGUUUUGGGACUUCA